AUCAGCUGCAGGAGCAGCUGCUCCAAUGCCCCAGAGCAGCCAUGGGUACCCCGUACUGGUGGGACCAACUGCAGGCUGGCAGCUCGGAGGUGGACUGGUGCGAGGACAACUACACCAUCGUGCCUGCCAUCGCCGAGUUCUACAACACGGUUUUGAUUAAGGUGAGAAAGCUGAACAAGGGCAAUGCAGAGGAACUAGGAAGCCUCCUACCUUCCUGUGGGCCCAGGAGAAAAGGCUGGCCUUCCUGGCAGAAAACAAUUGGGGGAUGGAACAUGUCUAGUCCUUAUCUUCUUCAACUUUAUUUUUACCAUUAUUUCGUGCAGGCCUGAUCUUUAAAAAGAUAAGCAAUAUCUUGUUUUUCGUUUUACCUCCUAUCUGCAUGUGCUUGUUCCGUCAGUAUGCAUCAUGCUUCAACAGUGGCAUUUACUUAAUAUGGACUCUCUUAGUUGUUGUAGGUAUUGGAUCUGUCUACUUCCAUGCAACCCUCAGUUUCCUGGGACAGAUGCUUGAUGAACUUGCCAUCCUUUGGGUUCUGAUGUGCGCUCUGGCCAUGUGGUUCCCCAGAAGAUAUUUACCAAAGAUCUUUCGUAACGACAGGGGCAGGUUCAAGGUGGUGGUCUGCGUCUUGUCUGCAGUCACAACAGGCCUGGCGUUUGUCAAGCCCGCCAUCAACAACAUCUCUCUGAUGACCCUGGGGGUUCCUUGUACUGCGCUGCUCAUCGCAGAGAUGAAGAGGUGUGACAACGUGCGUGUCUUUAAGCUGGGCCUCUUCUCUGGCUUGUGGUGGACGCUCGCCCUCUUCUGCUGGAUCAGUGACCGCGCCUUCUGUGAGCUGCUGUCAUCCUUCCACUUCCCCUACCUGCACUGCGUGUGGCACAUCCUCAUCUGCCUUGCCGCCUACCUGGGCUGCGUGUGCUUUGCAUACUUUGAUGCUGCCUCUGAGAUCCCAGAGCAGGGUCCCGUCAUCAAAUUCUGGCCCAGCGAGAAAUGGGCCUUCAUUGGUGUCCCCUACGUGUCCCUCCUGUGUGCCAGCAAGAAAUCAGCGGUCAAGAUCACAUGAUGGCAAGGCGGUGGCUGACUUCUUUGCUUGCUAACCCUCACUUGCCGGGCUUCAUGGGCCAGCAAAGACAGCCAGGCCAGUUUGCUGAGGCGGGGAAGGGUCUGUCUUUAAAGAAUUCUGUCCCCUUGAGCUCUAACUAGUGUGUCUGCGGACUGCCAGGACUCUGUGUGGGGAGAAAUGCCUUCUCCUUUCCCAAAGAUGGAAAGUUGUGGGGCUGAGGGGAGCGGAGUUGUCUUCUCAGAGCCACUUCCUGAUCAGGUGGCUCUGGCUGGUGUGGUCCUGACAGAGCUGUGCCCUGAGGACCCCGUGCUGCACGAUGCCUUGCUUCCUGAAGAACGUUUGCCUGCCUCAGACCCCACCAUUCCCACAUGCUCUCAGAGAAGACUCUCCUGGUGACAGUCAGACCCUGUGACAGACAAGCCCUUCUGACUCAUGGAAGGUGCCAGAGAUUUUUCCAAUGGGGGAAACUGAAACCAAACCACACCAGUGGAACAUGUACAGGGCUUGUGGCUAAGGAGGCUAGUUUUCCACUUGCAAUUCUCAGUAACCCAGGUUUUACAUGCAUUUGUGAAUUCUUUUAUUACUACCUCUGCUGGGAGUUGAAGACUUGACUUCAGAUGUGGAUGAAACUAAUAACAAAAACUGUUGCCAAAAAUACACCCUACUUCAAACCAGUCUUACAAAUGAGCAUGAUUUUUAAAAUGUUUAGCCCCUGCCCAGCCAGGUAACCUCAAACACAGGGAAGAAUAGCUAUGGUGUGAGUAUUCCAUACACAGACCUACUUAACCCUUACUGCUGGAUGUCUGUGACAUUGCCAGAGCUCUUGUGACAAUCGUGAUGGGGGUCCUGGUUCAAAAUUUGGAGCAAAUGUGAAGUUUUGGAAACGUGUUCUCAUUGGGAUCCUCCUGUAUGCUCUCCCAUUUUGGAAAUUAUCCUCAAGAAUCUCACCUCUUCUUUCUCUAAUAUUGACUGUGGGAAUUGCACUCCAUACUCUUGUAGUAUGAGGGGCUUCCUGUGGUUUUCCGAGCAUUUGACAGCUCGCUCUUCUCGAGUGCUGGAACAACUACACACUGGCUCUUGGGGUCACUGGUGCCGUGGGGCAAAGCUGUUGCCAUCUGAGUUUCUCUCACCUGAAAUGAUGCUGGCUACAAGUAAUCUCUUCACUGGGCUGAGUGGAAGACUCCACAACUGUGUUCAAGGUGUGAGGCAGAGUGGGUGACAUCAGGGACCCUCGUUUUAACUCAGGCAUUUCCUACUUUGCAACAUUCCACUGUGGAAGAGGACAGGACAGGUAUGUCCUGCGUGGACAGGAAUCCUGUCACUAAGCAGCUAACAGUUGGGCAUUAGCGGUUUUUGGCAAGUCCAGGAACUCUUUCUCUAGUUAGAAUUUAAAAAGGAUCUAAGGUGCGAAGUUCAAUAAAGAACUAAAUUUGGAGUUUAAAAAUGAAUGACUUUAUUCUACUUAAUGUGGUUUUCAAAUAAUUUUAGCAGCAGAACCUUGCUUGCAGUAAGAAAUCAUUAUGGAACCCCAGUGUGUGAAACAUGUAUUUUAUUCGCUUAAAUUUAUUUUAAGGUUAAUCUUAAAGCAUUUCCUUAAUGUAUCAGGCUGUGAAAACGCAAAUGAACAAAUUGGCAGUAGAAAUGUUUUGUGUGUGGUUUUUGGAGGUUUAACUGCUGUUCUGAGGGUUCCUCAGUGAUGGCAGCAUUGUUCAACAGUGAAGGAGGAACCAUUUCUCCCCAUCAGGUAAACGGGUGGCUCCCUGGAGACCACCAUCUAUAGCCCCCCAGGCUUGGACCCUGCCUUGCUGGGAGUUUCUGAUAUUCUUUGGAAAUAGGGAUCGAAUGCAACCCUGCUGGUAGUAGGAAGUAAGUGCCCUGACUCAUGUGGCUAUUUCCAUCCCUCUUCUACAAAUGACUAAGUUAAAAUGUCAGAAGGAAUGUUUUUGAUAUGAAAAAAGAAAAUACCAUUCUAGAGAUUGGUAAUAAGAUGAGGGCUCAGAAAGAAGUGUGGAAUGGAAUAUGUUUGAGGAGCACAAAACAUACUUCUCCCUUUGAACAGGAGUCACUGUAGCUUGCCCGCACGGGAUGGUAAAUCAGGGAAGUAGGAUUAUCCCAGGAGUUAAACUUAUUUUAAGUUAGCUUUAUGGCAUCAUUCAUAUUUACAUUUAUAUUUACAUUUGCAGUGUUUUUAUAGCACUUCAUACUCUUUCAAAAGAAAAUUGGGAAACAACAGAAAAGUUGAGGAAGAAGGAAAAAAGUGAUCUGUAUUUCUGUUGCUCAAUAUUUUGGUAUAUUUUCUUCUCUUCUUCAUUUUUUCCCCCUGAAUAGAGUUGUAAAUAGAUGAUUUUUAGAGUCACUGGUUUAUCCUGUAUCUUGAAUGGAAUAUAAAUGCCAGUUGUGUAUUUUUCAUGAGGAGUGGCUUUCUGAAUAGUGUGGAGUUAGAGAUAUACUUAGAGUGGCUCAUCACUGGAUUCUGAGACUCGCUGAUGAGUCUUCAUUUGUAACUGAACCUGACAUGAAUGUGUCCUAAGAAAUACUGAACUAAAUUCUGCUGUUUGAUAUGCUUCUGCAUUUGGAGUGAUGAGUCAUAGAAAAUUGCUGUGAAAUACAUGGCUUUACUGGUUUUGAUGUUUUCAGAUUUUUCUAAAGUAAAUAGCUUAUUAAUUGAUGUGCAAUCAAGAAUUCUUUCUCCCCUCCUGAUAAUGCAGGCAAGUAGAGGUUUGAUAUUUAGGAGUUAGCCAUGCUGAAUAACUGUGAGGACCUAUCAGAUUUUUGUUCUGGUUUUGUUCUAGAAUCUGCCCGUGAUCAAUAACCAGCAGGAACUGGAUUUAGGAUAUUAAAAGACAAUAUACUACUUACUAAGUGGCCAUUUAAGUCAAUUAUUCUUGUUUUAUAGUAUUUGUUGAUUUUUAGAAAAAAAUCUUCCUCUUUAUGAUUAUAUAAUAAGCAAUUCAGUGAACACAUGUAAGAUGUAUGGAGGGGAGAUAUCUAAAUCUGGUAACAGCUACAUUUUGGGUGAACUCUUUGCCUGUCCUGACAAGUACCUAAAUAUUAAUUAUGGAUCAAAGAUGUUCUGUUGGGGGACUAAGCUUGAUAGUUAUCAAGUGCAUACUUUGUAAAGAAACCAUAACCUAUUGUUUAUUGGAUUACUCUGUUAAUCUGGAUUAUUCUGUUUAAGGUGUGUUAAAAUUUAUCAGUUCAUCAUGCUUGCACGAGCCAGUGCUAUAUUGGAGGCUACAGGACUGGGACUGGAGCCUUCUCUGGGUCUUUAUCCUUUGGGGCUGAUGUGGAACCAGCUCUGGGGGACAGGUGGGGGCUGAAGAUGCCCGGCUGAAGUUCCCCCUCACAGCUCUUUUUCCCCAAAUGAACGUGGACCUUCCACAGCCAGCUCUAUGCUUGGUGCUGCUAUUCCAGUUGGCCAAAGUGAAGUCUCAGGCAAGGCUGGGAUUCUCAAAGGAUUCGAUAGACAUUCUACUGACUUAAAAAAAAAAGUGGUCCCUACUCUUAAGGAACUAAUUUUUGAAUGGCAUCUUUUCUUAUAUGUUAAACCAGAUUUAAGACUAUUUUAUAAGCACAAUAUGUGAUCAGAGCAGGUAUAGUAUUUUCAGAUAUAUACCUUGUCUUAUACUUUAUAUAAGGUGUGCCAUAUAGGGUGGUCUGCACACCGGCUGUAGUAGAAUUUAAUCUCCAUUACCUUGGGAGUGAUUUAAGGCCUUUUGAAAUGGAGCUUUUGCACUUUAUGCUCUUUUUGUAAACUAUGACAGCUAUGUUUGAUAUUAAAGUCAUUGUAGCAUUUUCUGUGAAUGAGUAUUUAUAUGUUUGUGUUUAUUGCCAAAGUGAUUUCUGAAAUUUUAGCGGAAAAUGCAUUUAAUGGAUUGUACAGCAAAGCACAUUUCCCUGAUUUGUUAAUGAAUUUUAGGUAUCCUGCUAUUAAACAUGCUUAAAAUUUGCAUAAUUGUUGUUUUUUUCUCAGCUGGGAACAACCUAAAUAUUUCAAGUAUCAAGUAUCUAGAAGCAGUUUAUUUUUAUUAAGUUAUAUCAUAUGGAUAUAAAAGCCCAAAUACAGAAAGCAACUCAUCUAUACUGGAUUUUAUCCUUCCUUUAUGAAGGAAGAUCACGUAACAUGUCAAAAUAGUAAAUGACUUUAGCAGGAAACUUCUGUAUCUACCUAUUUAUCUAAUUUCCUGUGACAGAAUUUUUACUAAAUGAUUCAUAGGGCAUCAUAUUUAAAAGAGAAUUAUUUAAAACAAUAGUAAUAAAAGAGUAACUGUAGUAAGAAUAUAUCACUCAGCGAACACUGGAUCAGCAUUGUCAGUAUCAUUACAAUGGUUUUUAAGAUUUUUUUUUCCCCUCUGGCCAGGGUGAUGAGACAAGAGGCUGCCAUAGAGCCUGUGACAAUCUGACAGAAGCAGUGGGUCUUCUCCAUCAUAUAAUUUUCUGGGCAUUCAGAUGUCCCUAGAAGCCACCCAGGUAAAGAACUCCUGUGUGACAGGAUGCUAAGCCAGGAUUCAAAUAUUUUCUGGUGCUGAAGUUGGUAUGGCUACAGCUCAGCUCCGUUUUGUCCCCUGCCCUCAAAGACCAGCACCCCAGCCUCCAGCCCCCUGACAUCACCAGGGGCUGGGGAGUGGUGGUGGUGGUGGGGGGCAGGCCCAAGAUGCUAGGCACUUAAUUUUGAGUGUUCUGAACGAACUGGGAACUUCACGUCUUCCUCAAGCCUCUCUCCCGGUUAUUAGUUUCACAUGCUCCUUAAGGUGGUAUCUGGAUCUGUCUACUAGUCUAUUUCUGUACUGUUGAAUUUUUCCAUAAUAAAUAAUAAAAACAUAA